AUGGCCGCCGAAACAGUUGAACUACCUCAAAUGGCAGUUUUGAAUCGCGUCCUUGGUUUGCCAAUGAUCGAAUUGGCAUUGUCAAAGUCAGCAUCGACUUAUACACGCGUUAAGGAUUCUCAUCAACUGUUGUACUGGGCCCUUUCUACGGCUGAGACGUCCCUGACCAACGCAACGAAGCAGGCUGUGCCGCUUGCAAUUCCUAUAGCCAAGAAAUUCGAGGCUCCCAUACAUUUCGUCGACCACACUCUUUGCAUGGGAUUGGAUAAAAUCGAAGAGAAAGUUCCUAUAGUUCAUCAAAGCCCAGAAAAGAUUCUAGAAAAUGCCUACGUUUUGGCUCUACAGACUGUACAGCCAGCGGUAUCUACCAUCUAUUAUGCGAACGAACUGAUCACUACUCAAGCCACUUCUUUAAAAGAUCUCAGCUGGAAUAAAAUGAACCAAUUGCUCAGCUCUCACUAUGGUACAGUGGCUGUGAAUAGUCUUGACAGUACUGCAGCUAUAGUGGAUAAACUGAUUGAUCAGUACUUUCCAGCAGCUGGUGAUGAGAAAGACAUAGCUCUAGUUUCUGCAGAGGAGGACAAGCUUCUUCACACGUUACAAACAGUCGGUCGAUUAUCGAACAAAGCUGCACGACGAGUAUACUCUAGCGUGAUUCGUCACUUGAAAACUAUAAAAACAGACGAUCUGAAAGAAUACAUCAGCUCGCUUGUUCAAUUUCUUCAGCUCACCCACUAUAUUCAAGUGAUCAACGAAAAAGUGCAAACAUUUACUGCACCGCCUAAGGAAACUCAUAAUCAGACGAAACACUAG